GUCGAUGUGAAACAGUUAUCUUAUGAAAACGUAUACAAAACUUUCCCAUAUUCGCCGUAGCAGCCAAUUCGCCGUCCGAGAGCUCCAAAUUUUUUCCCUCACUUGAGUCCUGCGAAGUCGACGUGUCGAUGCGAUAUUUCUCGUUUGGCGAAAAAAGGUGAAACAGUUGAGAAAACAAUUGAAAGGCAUUCGCACUGCCAUUUUGAAGCGACGCCUGAAUAAUUGAACGACUGCAGUGCUGUGGCAAGACGUGUGGGUGCGCGUACGUUCAAUAAUUGAUUGGGUAACCGUAAACAAAUAGCAGCAGCACGGACCAGGACCCUACCGUAUGUUAGGCCAGUGCCAAGGCUAACUUCCAAUACCUCACGACUGGACGGCAGCUAGAGCUAGAGCCCCAGCCACAUUAUCGAUUUGCGUAUAUGUGUAUGUCUGCGAAAUAGCAGUGUACACCUAAACACCUAUACACCUGUGCACAUACUCCCACACGCACGCACAUACACACACACACACACACACGUACUGCACGUCAACGGCAAGAACUUUGACGCACGGGAUCUCGUGGUAUCCGCACAGAGGAGCAGAAGCAACCGCAUCAACCUCAAGACGCAUCGGCAGACGGACAGCAGAGAGCUCUGAACCGAAAUGGCCAGCGGCGGGGACCCCAAGUGGCAGAAGGACGCUGCCGACCAGAACUUCGACUACAUGUUCAAGCUCCUCAUCAUCGGCAACUCCAGUGUGGGCAAGACGAGCUUCCUCUUCCGCUAUGCCGACGAUAGCUUCACAUCCGCCUUCGUCUCCACGGUGGGCAUCGACUUCAAGGUGAAGACCGUCUUUCGCCACGACAAGCGGGUGAAGCUUCAGAUUUGGGACACGGCCGGGCAGGAGCGUUACCGCACCAUCACCACAGCCUACUACCGCGGCGCCAUGGGUUUCAUCCUGAUGUAUGAUGUCACCAACGAGGACAGCUUCAACUCGGUGCAGGACUGGGUCACACAAAUCAAAACCUACUCGUGGGACAACGCCCAGGUCAUUUUGGUCGGAAACAAGUGCGACAUGGAGGAUCAGCGAGUGAUUAGCUUCGAGCGGGGCCGCCAACUGGCCGAUCAGCUGGGCGUGGAGUUCUUCGAGACGUCCGCCAAGGAGAAUGUGAAUGUCAAGGCUGUCUUCGAGCGCCUGGUGGAUAUCAUAUGCGACAAGAUGUCCGAGAGCCUGGACGCAGAUCCAACGUUAGUGGGCGGGGCACAGAAGGGCCAGCGCUUGACGGACCAGCCGCAGGGCACGCCCAACGCCAACUGCAACUGUUAGAGCGCCACCAGCCCCAGGAGAACGAGAACCCGGCACCGGAAAGUUAGAGAGAGGAUCUACUCGUACAACAAUCGUUCAACAACAUUGACCGCAACUGAGGCAACAACAAACAGAAACAACAUAAAAUCAACAAAAACUUAAAGCUAGAUAAUUAGUCAGCUCAUUAAUCAAGGGAUGGAGGGCGUUUAUCCGCCAGUUAAACGAUGACAUGUAUAUGCAGGCAUCCAUGAAUGAUAUGAAGGCCAUGAGUAUGCCAGCAAUGCCUGUGUGCACUGUAUUUGUAACCAUAUAUGUAUGUAUAUCCUUUGCGUUCGGUCGCCUCCGUGUAAAUGUCAGAUGUUAUUUAAUCAAUGUUUGAAUUUUAAUUGGUAAUCGAUAAUUGGUAAUUGGUAAA